GGCGGAGGCGGGGGAGAAGUGAUGCUGGCGCCAGGGAUCCGGGCAGCGGCAGCGGAGAAUAAGCAUCUUCGGGACCCCGGCUGCAGCGUCCCCGUGGCCCGCGGGCCAGCCGAACGGCCAGAGACGGCGCGUCCCGCGGAUCCUGUGCACGUAUUAAGUCGAGAUAAUUAACAGAGUGGAAUCCAUUCACCACAUCAUCUGACUAGAUCAUCCAAACUGAAAAAUCUGCUUCACAUGAGAUACUUAGAGGACACGCAUCUUAGUGUGCUUGAGAAUACCCAUGGCUGAGAUACCCAUUAACAAAGCAACUAAGAUCUGUUAGAACCACGUCAAGGAUUGCUGAGUCCAGGAGUGGAGAAAGGUUUAUGUGAGAAAAGAGACCCUACUGUCGGAAGAAUGCAAGAGAUUUCAUCAUAGAAUUCACUCGGAAAAGCCAUGUGGAGCGACUCCAGUUAAAGAAGCAUGAAGACAAGUCUACUGGGAUCACUUGGGUUUCACAUAAUUACACCAUGGAUCCUACCUGGGUUACUGAUUCUGUGAGCAUGGAACACUGUAAGGUGAACAUUUUAGAAAGGCUGAAAAAAAUGUGAAAUAUGUGUAGCUGAAAAAAAUAAGUAAACUGGGAAGAAUUUUCAAGACUGCCCCAUCUUUUGCAAAUCUGAUAAAUAACCUCUGAAGAAUUGUUCCUGAUAGCUUGUCAUUGCUAAUACAAUUUACAGUCUUUAGAUGUGUGUUUGAUCAAGUGGAAUGAAAAAGAAAAUAGAUAUACUAUAAUUUCCCUCUUCUUCAUAGUUCAAUGAAGCUUAAAUUUACAGUGCAGGAUGGACAGUGACAGUCACCAUCAUCACUCUCCCUACAAAAGAAGCUAAUUUAAUAAGUAGGGAAUAUUCUUUUACUUCUGGAAAGCAAUAUUGUCACCCUCUUAUCCCUCAAUUACAAUGUGUGAAAUCUUGUUAGAAUUUUAUGGAAAAUGCUUUCAUAACUCGUUGUGUAUCAUUACCUCCCAAAGCAACUUCUACAAUAUACUGUGGCAGAGGCUGACCUCUAUAGAAAAGCCCACUGUAUAGCAGCAUUACCACAUGCCCCAGGCAAAUCAAUCAAUACAGAACGAUCGCUUCAAACUGGUGAAUAUCUGUCUGUUUGGAUGACCACAGCUAUGCCCGCACCAUUACAGUAAUUCUAAACUGUGUCUCUAGAGUAAGGGCCUUCUAUCUCCCUCCUGCUGGCACUUGGAACAGGGUAAGUCUAUACUUAUCAGACCCACCUACAAUAUUUAGAGUUUAGCAUAAUUCUUAGCUCUGGGUACAAACCACUCACUCCAAAAAUGUGGCCAGCAAAAAUUUCCUCAAGCUGUGCCUGGGCAUAAACCUGUGAUCCAGCUGCUCAUGAGGCAGAAUAAAAGAAUUAAAAAUUUAAGAUCUACAUAAGCCAUAGAACAAGUCCUGCCCAUCUUGGAUAGCUUAGUGAGGCCUUGUCUCAAAACAAAAGGUCAAGUUACGCCUAGUCGUGUGCCUUAAUACUGCAAUGUUUGCCCACCAUGCGUGCACGAGACUCUAAAAUCAGUCCCAAAUAAUCCAAAGUCAACCCUGAUUGAGAAACAUUAUCGAACUAGAUAAAGCCCUAGAAGCAUCCAUCUCAACCAUGUGAUAAUGAUUAGCAAGCAGGGAAGACACCAGAGAGUAAGGGGAAUGAAAUCCUUAAAUCAGAAUGGCAGGAGCCUACAGACUUCAUGUCUCGUUGCUGCAGCUUGAAACUAUGCUCUGUGUUAAAUUAAUAUCAGAUCUGGGCUGAAAGACAGGAAAUGUGGCUUCUGCUUGUCUCUUGUAUUUUCUAUAAGGGAAAAAAUGUUAAAAUGUCAACAUGCUGAACAAAAUAAGCCAAGCACAAAAAGAUAAAUAAAAGUUUUUCUCACAUAGAAGCAAGCUAGGAUACAUACACAAAAACACAAUUGAAAGCAGAAAAGUGGCAUUAGUGAUUUUUUUUCUUGAGUAGAUAUUAACGAAUGCCUAUAUAUACCCAGAAGAGGUCCAGAUGAGAAACCAAGGAAAGGAAACAGUUCUCUGCACCCAAAUCCCAUGGGAGGGAGAGCUAAACCUUCAGAGAGGCAGACACGCCUGGGAAACCAGAAGAGACUGCACUCUGCACACAUCUCGGACGCCAGAGGAAAACACCAAACGCCAUCUGGAACCCUGGUGCACUGAAGCUCCCGGAAACGGCGGUGCAGAUCUUCCUGGUUGCUGCCGCCGCAGAGAGCUCGUGGGCAGCACCCCGCAAGCUAAUUUGAGCCCGGGAUCACAGGUAAGACCAACUUUUCUGCUGCAAGUGACCUGCCUGGUGAACUCAAGACACAGGCCCACAGGAAUAGCUGAAGACCUGUAGAGAGGAAAAACUACACGCCGGAAAGCAGAACACUCUGUCCCCAUAACUGGCUGAAAGAAAACAGGAAAACAGGUCUACAGCACUCCUGACACACAGGCUUAUAGGACAGUAUAGCCACUGUCAGAAAUAGCAGAACAAAGUAACACUAGAGAUAAUCUGAUGGCGAGAGGCAAGCACAGGAACCCAAGCAACAGAAACCAAGACUACAUGGCACCAUCGGAGCCCAAUUCUCCCAUCAAAACAAACAUGGAAUAUCCAAACACACCAGAAAAGCAAGAUCUAGUUUCAAAAUCAUAUUUGAUCAUGAUGCUGGAGGACUUCAAGAAAGACGUGAAGAACUCCCUUAGAGAAACACAGGAAAACAUUAAUAAACAAGUAGAAGCCUACAGAGAGGAAUCGCAAAAAUGCCUGAAAGAAUUUCAGGAAAACAUAAAUAAACAAGUAGAAGCCCAUAGAGAGGCGACACAAAAAUUCCUGAAAGAAUUCCAGGAAAACACAAUCAAACAGUUGAAGGAAUUAAAAAUGGAAAUAGAAGCAAUCAAGAAAGAACACAUGGAAACAACCCUGGAUAUAGAAAACCAAAAGAAGAGACAAGGAGCUGUAGAUACAAGCUUCACCAACAGAAUACAAGAGAUGGAAGAGAGAAUCUCAGGAGCAGAAGAUUCCAUAGAAAUCAUUGACUCAACUGUCAAAGAUAAUGUAAAGCGGAAAAAACUACUGGUACAAAACAUACAGGAAAUCCAGGACUCAAUGAGAAGAUCAAACCUAAGAAUAAUAGAUAUAGAAAAGAGUGAAGACUAACAGUUCAAAGGACCAGUAAAUAUCUUCAACAAAAUCAUAGAAGAAAACUUCCCUAACCUAAAAAAGGGAUACCCAUAGGCAUACAAGAAGCCUACAGAACUCCAAAUAGAUUGGAUCAGAAAAGAAACACCUCCCGUCACAUAAUAGUCAAAACACCAAACGCACAAAAUAAAGAAUAUUAAAAGCAGUAAGGGAAAAAGGUCAAGUAACAUAUAAAGGCAGACCUAUCAGAAUCACACCAGACUUUUCGCCAGAAACUAUGAAGGCCAGAAGAUCCUGGACUGAUGUCAUACAGACCCUAAGAGAACACAAAUGCCAGCCCAGGUUACUGUAUCCUGCAAAACUCUCAAUUAACAUAGAUAGAGAAACCAAGAUAUUCCAUGACAAAACCAAAUUUGCACAAUAUCUUUCUACAAAUCCAGCACUACAAAGAAUAAUAAAUGGUAAAGCCCAACAUAAGGAGGCAAGCUAUACCCUAGAAGAAGCAAGAAACUAAUCGUCUUGGCAACAAAACAAAGAGAAGAAAAGCACACAAACAUAACCUCACAUCCAAAUAUGAAUAUAACAGGAAGCAAUAAUCACUAUUCCUUAAUAUCUCUCAACAUCAAUGGCCUCAACUCCCCAAUAAAAAGACAUAGAUUAACAAACUGGAUACGCAACGAGGACCCUGCAUUCUGCUGCCUACAGGAAACACACCUCAGAGACAAAGACAGACACUACCUCAGAGUGAAAGGCUGGAAAACAACUUUCCAAGCAAAUGGUCGGUAGAAGCAAGCUGGAAUAGACAUUCUAAUAUCAAAUAAAAUUAAUUUUCAACUAAAAGUCAUCAAAAAAGAUAAGGAAGGACACUUCAUAUUCAUCAAAGGAAAAAUCCACCAAGAUGAACUCUCAAUCCUAAAUAUUUAUGCCCCAAAUACAAGGGUACUGACAUACGUAAAAGAAACCUUACUAAAGCUCAAAACACACAUUGCACCUCACACAAUAAUAGUAGGAGAUAUCAACACCACACUCUCAUCAAUGGACAGAUCAUGGAAACAGAAAUUAAACAGAGACGUAGACAGACUAAGAGAAGUCAUGAGCCAAAUGGACUUAACAGAUAUUUCUAGAACAUUCUAUCCUAAAGCAAAAGGACAUACCUUCUUCUCAGCUCCUCAUGGUACUUUCUCCAAAAUUGACCAUAUAAUUGGUCAAGAAAUGGGCCUCAACAGGUACAGAAAGAUAGAAAUAAUCCCAUGUGUGCUAUCAGACCACCACGGCCUAAAACUGGUCUUCAAUAACAAUAAGGGAAGAAUACCCACAUAUACGUGGAAAUUGAACAAUGCUCUACUCAAUGAUAACCUGGUCAAGGAAGAAAUAAAAAAGAAAUUAAAGACUUUUUAGAAUUUAAUGAAAAUGAAGGUACAACAUACCCAAACUUAUGGGACACAAUGAAACCUGUGCUAAGAGGAAAACUCAUAGUGCUGAGUGCCUGCAGAAAGAAACAGGAAAGAGCAUAUGUCAGCAGCUUGCCAGCACACCUAAAAGCUCUAGAACAAAAAGAAGCAAAUACACCCAGGAGGAGUAGAAGGCAGGAAAUAAUCAAAGUCAGAGCUGAAAUCAACCAAGUAGAAACAAAAAGGACCAUAGAAACAAUCAACAGAACCAAAAGUUGGUUCUUUGAGAAAAUCAACAAGAUAGAUAAACCCUUAGCCAGACUAACGAGAGGACACAGAGAGUGUGUCCAAAUUAACAAAAUCAGAAAUGAAAAGGGAGACAUAACUACAAAUUCAGAGGAAAUUAAAAAAAAAUCAUCAGAUCUUACUAUAAAAGCCUAUAUUCAACAAAACUUGAAAAUCUGCAGGAAGUGGACAAUUUCCUAGACAGAUACCAGGUACCGAAGUUAAAUCAGGAACAGAUAAACCAGUUAAACAACCCCAUAACUCCUAAGGAAAUAGAAGCAGUCAUUAAAGGUCUCACAACCAAAAAGAGCCCAGGUCCAGACGGGUUUAGUGCAGAAUUCUGUCAGACCUUCAUAGAAGACCUCAUACCAAUAUUAUCCAAACUAUUCCACAAAAUUGAAACAGAUGGAGCACUACCGAAUUCCUUCUAUGAAGCCACAAUUACUCUUAUAGCUAAACCACACAAAGACCCAACAAAGAAAGAGAACUUCAGACCAAUUUCCCUUAUGAAUAUCGACGCAAAAAUACUCAAUAAAAUUCUGGCAAACCGAAUCCAAGAGCACAUCAAAGCAAUCAUCCACCAUGAUCAAGUAGGCUUCAUCCCAGGCAUGCAGGGAUGGUUUAAUAUACGGAAAACCAUCAACGUGAUCCAUUAUAUAAACAAACUGAAAGAACAAAACCACAUGAUCAUUUCAUUAGAUGCUGAGAAAGCAUUUGACAAAAUUCAACACCCCUUCAUGAUAAAAGUCCUGGAAAGAAUAGGAGUUCAAGGCCCAUACCUAAGCAUAGUAAAAGCCAUAUACAGCAAACCAGUUGCUAACAUUAAACGAAAUGGAGAGAAACUUGAAGCAAUCCCACUAAAAUCAGGGACUAGACAAGGCUGCCCACUCUCUCCCUACUUAUUCAAUAUAGUUCUUGAAGUUCUAGCCAGAGCAAUCAGACAAAAAAGGAGGUCAAGGGGAUACAGAUCAGAAAAGAAGAAGUCAAAAUAUCACUAUUUGCAGAUGAUAUGAUAGUAUAUUUAAGUGAUCCCAAAAGUUCCACCAGAGAAUUACUAAAGCUGAUAAACAACUUCAGCAAAGUGGCUGGGUAUAAAAUUAACUCAAAUAAAUCAGUAGCCUUCCUCUAUACAAAAGAGAAACAAGCUGAGAAAGAAAUUAGGGAAACGACACCCUUCAUAAUAGACCCAAAUAAUAUAAAGUACCUCGGUGUGACUUUAACCAAGCAAGUAAAAGAUUUGUACAAUAACAACUUCAAGACAUUGAAGAAAGAAAUUGAAGAAGACCUCAGAAGAUGGAAAGAUCUCCCAUGCUCAUGGAUUGGCAGGAUUAAUAUAGUAAAAAUGGCCAUUUUACCAAAAGCGAUCUACAGAGUCAAUGCAAUCCCCAUCAAAAUACCAAUCCAAUUCUUCAAAGAGUUAGACAGAACAAUUUGCAAAUUCAUCUGGAAUAACAAAAAACCCAGGAUAGCUAAAACUAUCCUCAACAAUAAAAGGACUUCAGGGGGAAUCACUAUCCCUGAACUCAAGCAUUAUUACAGAGCAAUAGUGAUAAAAACUGCAUGGUAUUGGUACAGAGACAGACAGAUAGACCAAUGGAAUAGAAUUGAAGACCCAGAAAUGAACCCACACACCUAUGGUCACUUGAUUUUUGACAAAGGAGCCAAAACCAUCCAAUGGAAAAAAGAUAGCAUUUUCAGCAAAUGGUGCUGGUUCAACUGGAGGGCAACAUGUAGAAGAAUGCAGAUCGAUCCAUGCUUAUCACCCUGUGCAAAGCUUAAGUCCAAGUGGAUCAAGGACCUCCACAUCAAACCAGACACACUCAAACUAAUAGAAGAAAAACUAGGGAAGCAUCUGGAACACAUGGGCACUGGAAAAAAUUUCCUGAACAAAACACCAAUGGCUUAUGCUCUAAGAUCAAGAAUCGACAAAUGGGAUCUCAUAAAACUGCAAAGCUUCUGUAAGGCAAAGGACACUGUGGUUAGGACAAAACAACAACCAACAGAUUGGGAAAAGAUCUUUACCAAUCCUACAACAGAUAGAGGCCGUAUAUCCAAAAUAUACAAAGAACUCAAGGAGUUAGACCACAGGGAAACAAAUAACCCUAUUAAAAAAUGGGGUUCAGAGCUAAACAAAGAAUUCACAGCUGAGGAAUGCCGAAUGGCCGAGAAACACCUAAAGAAAUGUUCAACAUCUUUAGUCAUAAGGGAAAUGCAAAUCUAAACAACCCUGAGAUUUCACCUCACACCAGUGAGAAUGGCUAAGAUCAAAAACUCAGGUGACAGCAAAUGCUGGCGAGGAUGCGGAGAAAGAGGAACACUCCUCCAUUGUUGGUGGGAUUGCAGACUGGUACAACCAUUCUGGAAAUCAGUCUGGAGGUUCCUCAGAAAAUUGGACAUUGAACUGCCUGAGGAUCCAGCUAUACCUCUCUUGGGCAUAUACCCAAAAGAUGCCCCAACAUAUAAAAAAGACACGUGCUCCACUAUGUUCAUUGCAGCCUUAUUUAUAAUAGCCAGAAGCUGGAAAGAACCCAGAUGCCAUUCAACAGAGGAAUGGAUACAGAAAAUGUGAUACAUCUACACAAUGGAAUAUUACUCAGCUAUCAAAAACAAUGACUUUAUGAAAUUCAUAGGCAAAUGGUUGGAACUGGAAAAUAUCAUCCUGAGUGAGCUAACCCAAUCACAGAAUGACAUACAUGGUAUGCACUCAUUGAUAAGUGGCUAUUAGCCCAAAUGCUUGAAUUACCCUAGACGCCUAGAACAAAUGAAACACAAGACAGAUGAUCAAAAUGUGAAUGCUUCACUCCUUCUUUAAAAGGGGAACAUGAAUACCCUUGGCAGGGAAGAGAGAGGCAAAGAUUAAAACAGAGACUGAAGGAACACCCAUUCAGAGCCUGCCCCACAUGUGGCCCAUACAUAUACAGCCACCCAAUUAGACAAGAUGGAUGAAGCAAAGAAGUGCAGACCGACAGGAGCCGGAUGUAGAUCGCUCCUGAGAGACACAGCCAGAUUACAGCAAAUACAGAGGCGAAUGCCAGCAGCAAACCACUGAACUGAGAAUAGGACCCCCAUUGAAGGAACCAGAGAAAGAACUGGAAGAGCUUGAAGGGGCUCGAGACCCCAUAUGUACAACAAUGCCAAGCAACCAGAGCUUCCAGGGACUAAGCCACUACCUAAAGACUAUACAUGGACUGACCCUGGACUCUGACCUCAUAGGUAGCAAUGAAUAUCCUAGUAAGAGCACCAGUGGAAGGGGAAGCCCUGGGUCCUGCUAAGACUGAACCCCCAGUGAACUAGACUGUUGGGGGGAGGGCGAC